GGUUAUUCCGCAUCUUCUUCCUCAAGACAGGCAAGUCCCUUUUUCUUUGUAUUGAAUUAAUUUAUCCUGUUAUUUAAGAUCUUUUUUCCUAUUCCAUAGCGUUCUAAUUCAUCCGUGAUCCCCAAUCCCGGUGAGACAAAUCAAGACAACCCGCAAAAUACCAUCCUUGGUGUUGGAUUCUGUUUCCUCAAAAUGUUCGUUGGGAACGUUUGGGAAAUGGUGUUCCAUCCUAGAGGAUACACUAUAGAGCCUGAGGUUCUGUCCAAACACUGGUUCAGCAUCACCGCUCCUAGCGGUUCACUGUAUCGGGUUUGGAUGGAGAGUUACAUGGAUAGUCUAGUAAUAAGGAACGGAUGGGCCGAUCUUAUGGACAACGAGUGUGUCUCUCAAGGUGAUAUAGGCCUCUUUACCCGCACUGAAUCCAUGGCAUUCUCGCUGACAAUCAUGACCAGAGGCGGCCUCCAGAAGUCGCCAACACCUAAUCCUUUGACGAACACCAACAAAAGACGUAGAGUAGUUCAGUGGGCAGAGGUCAAGUUCUUCCACGGCAAAGGCGUAAAACGCACCCCUAAGCUUGUCAGCACUCUAUACUCUAUAUGGGUUUCCUCUAGACAUCCAAUUGUACUAUUCGCCGCACAUAUGAAACAAAGUGCGGUUGAAAACAGAACUCUGUUACUCGCCAGGGACGUUUUAGCGAAACUCCCAGCUGGGCCUGCUAAGAUUGGUUUGGUGUUCGACGGCAGCUCCCUGAUUUACAGUGGCAACAUCCAGAAGCGGGAAGACCAAUCGGCCAAAAUUAACGGUGGAUGGCUUGACUUUGUCCGCGCAAAUGGCAUCAAGAUAGGUUUCCUAUACGUUUUUAAGUUUGAAAUUUGCGAUGGUGGUUGGCAAGUUACUGUGUAUGAGGUCUAGCGCCAUCGUAGCAGCUCCAGCAUAUGACAUAGCUGGAUAUUUUGUUUUUGUCUAUGCCGUGACCUCUUGGAUAACAUGUAAUAAAUCACAAGACUCCUUAU